AUGAAAGGACUGAUAUAUCUUCUGUUUCAAGGUGUUCUGCUGUAUGAGGCUUUGGCAUGGGAAGUGAAAAUGCCAUCAGAAAUUCAUGGCCUCAAAGGUUCCUGUCUGGUUAUACCGUGCUCUUACUCUUACACUUCAUACCCACCAACUAACCCACGUAGAGUUGUGUGGUAUCAGUGGGUGUCGAGUGGCUACCCUUUAGUUUAUGAUCCCUGGAAUCCAGACAGUGUCAUUGACAAGUUCAGAGGAAAAACUGAUAUAUAUAACCCUACAAACUCAGAUCGGGAUUGUAGUCUGCUGAUCAAAAGCGUGGAUCCGUCUCAGAAUGGAGAAAAAAUAUAUGCAUGGAUUGACCCAGAAAAUGUUGGAUGGCGCACCUAUAAGUUUUAUGAUGUCACCUCCACGAUUAUUGUUGACACAAAUCCACAGCAGCCCAUCAUUAAUAUUUCUGGAGGUUUAAAGACCGGUGACAGCAUUACAGUAGCGUGUUACACCUUACACACCUGUCCAUACAGCAAACCAAACAUCAUUCUGAAGGGUAUUGAAGGAUCUGAUAAAAUAGAUGAUGUCCAUAUGGAAAAUGGUCGAUGGAAAACCACUCUGACUCGCACCGGUGUUGUGAAGACUGAACGCUCAGAUAUUGAGUGUACUGUAACACAUCAUGGAGACAGAACAACAACAGCUACAAAAUCACAAAGUGCAAAAUGUGAGCAAAAAAUGUAUGCAUUCAAAAGCAUACAUCUAUACCUGCUUCUGUUUUAUCUGUCUGAUACAGUCAGUGUCCAUUAUAAUAUAACCAUUCAGCCUAAACUGGCAGCAGAUAUCAUAGAGGGUGUUGAAAAGACCUUCACUUGUACCGUCCACCAUUCCUGCCAGAAGAAUCCUCCGAUCCUCUCCUGGAACUAUGAGAAUAUGCCGGUCAAAGUUGGAAAGAAGCAACUUACAGGGUUUGAAUUGGCCACCUUUUCCACCAUAACCUUUUUGGGGGCAAAGAAAGAAGAUGGGAAGAAAUUAAUCUGCACUACAAAUAUUUCUGGACAGAAAAUCACAGCAUCUGUCGACUUACAUGUACAACCUGUUUCCCAGAAUGAACCUGAUGGGAUGCACUUUGACUUGAAGACAAUUGGGCUUUACAUUUUAGCCCCCUCAUUUGUCUUUCUUCUCAUUUGCAUAUUUGCUGGAGUCAUCAUAUACAAGAAGUGUAACAGGUCAAAUGAUCUGUAUGCAGCUGUGGCAGUCAAAACAUCCCCUAAAGCCCGUAUACCAUCACCAAAAAGCUCAAAUGAUCUGUAUGCAGCUGUGGCAGUCAAAACGUCCCCGAAAGCCCGCAUACCAUCACCAAAUAGGUAUUCUCAAAUGAUCUGUAUGCAGCUGUGGGAGUCAAAACGUCCCCUAAAGCCCAUAUACCAUCACCAAAGAGCUCAAAUGAUCUGUAUGCAGCUGUGGGAGUCAAAACUUCCUCUAAAGCCCGUAAACCAUCACCAAAGAGUCAGAGAAAAACCAGCACUAUUGAGGAUUAUGAAGACUAUUAAACCAACAUGGAAGAUCUCAACAUUUAUGGAAACGUCUAAUGAAAAUGCUCAACAUAACCUAAAAAUUUGCUUAAUAACCAGUGUUGGUCAAGUUACUUGGAAAUAG